AUGCAUCUUACUUUCUCCCUCAUCUCCGCUCUACUGGCAGUGGGCACACCUUCCACCCUCGCCAACCCACUCCAAGCCCGUGCAGCCCCUCUAACACCAGGAGGCAAGAAAGCCGGAUCAGCAGGCGGUCGCGCCGUACCUUUCCUCAAAGACCACCUCGGCUGGUGGUACGACUGGACCCCCUCCCCGGGAACCAAAAGUGGCGUCGUAGGAAUUCCCAUGUUCUGGGGAAUCGGCCAAAACGGCGACGAAGACGCCAGACGUUUCAACGAAUACAAAAAUGGAAUCCCCCAGCCUCAAUACCUCCUAACAUGGAACGAGCCCGAUUGUACGGGUCGCGAUACUUCCGCGAAUAUGAACAUCAAAGAUGGAUAUCAGAAAUGGAACCAGUAUGUUGCACCUUACGGAGACAAAGGUGCUUUAUUAGGAAGUCCAGCAAUGUGUCUCCAGAAAGACGAAGCGUGGCUCAAGAGAUUCGUGCAGAAACCUCUGGAUCAUCAAUUUGAUUUCACGGCUAUUCAUGUCUAUAAACCGGACAUGGAUGGCGUGCGAGCGGAUAUUGAUUACUAUUGGAAGACGUAUGGGAAACCGAUCUGGGUGACGGAAUUCGCGUGUGUGUAUGAUCAAAAUAAUUUCAAGGCGUGUGAGGAUCAGGGACAGAUCAAUCAGUGGAUUAGAGAUGUUGUGGAUUUGUUUCAGGGGGAUGAUAGGGUUAGGGCUUAUGCGUAUACUGAUGGUGGGGGGUUGGGGAAGGCUUGGUUGCCUACGAAUAGCGCUGGCACGGCGCUUAGUGAGAGUGGGAGGACUUAUUUGAAUGCUAUCAGCAAGUAUGCUUAG